CGGGGGAGGGGGGGGGGCGCUCCGCCUGCCUGGCUUCCCAGCGUUGUGGCUCCUGAAUGGAAUAGAUCAGGGCAAGGCAGGAAGGCAAGCCGGGCUUUCCUUUCAAUCCUGAACGGCAGGAGCAUCACGGAAAAGGGCUAUUGAUGAGGAUGGGGAGGUUUCUUUAGCCUCGUUGGCGGUGCUUGGCUCUGCCUCGUCCGCGAGGCGAUAAAAGAGGAGGAGAAGCAGCGUUCAUUUUGGAGCCGGGUUUUCCUUAAGGCGAUUGGGAUUCAGGCUGGGCUUUGGGAAAAGGGGGCGGGGACACUCCCUCCCUCCCCCUCCCUCUCUGUGCCCCUCCCUCCCUCUCUCUCUCUUUCGGCGUUGCCUUUGGAGGAGAACACCAUGACAUGACUGAACGGUUCAGCAGGAGCCGCAUUUUCAGGCUGGAUGGAAGGCUUGCGGAGGAGAAAAAGGAGGCAUCCUUGAGCUGCUGAGGAACCAGCCCGCCCGCCUGCCCUUGGUGCGGCCUUUGCAAGCGGAGGGAUGCUGCUGCUGCUGCUGCUGCUGCUGAGCUAAAGGGACCCUCGCGCUUCCCAAUGGCCAGCCGGCGGAGGAGCCUGGAGCUGGAGCACUUCGAGGAGCGUGACAAGAGGCACCACCACCACCACUCGCACGCCCAGCCCCACUCGCAGGGCCGGGGGCGGCGCGGAGGGGGCGGCGGGGGCAGCUCGACGUGCAGCAGCAGCUCGGGCCCCAAAGGCAACGGGCUGAUCCCGAGCCCCGCGCACAGCGCCCACUGCAGCUUCUACCGCACGCGCACCUUGCAGGCCCUGGCCUCGGAGCGCAAGGCCAAGAAGGCGCGCUUCUACCGCAACGGGGACAAGUACUUCAAGGGCCUCGUCUACCCCAUCUCCAGCGAGCGCUUCCGCUCCUUCGACGCCCUCCUCGCCGAGCUCACCCGCUCGCUCGCCGACAACGUCCACCUGCCCCAAGGCGUCCGCGCCAUCUACACCGCCGACGGAGGGCGCAAGCUCGCCAGCCUCGACGAGCUGGUAGAUGGUGAAAGCUAUGUAUGUGCAUCCAAUGAACCAUUUCGGAAAGUUGAUUACACCAAGAAUGUUAAUCCAAAUUGGUCUGUCAACAUAAAAUCUGGAUCAUCUCGAUCUCUUACAUCUUUGUCAUCAUCAAGAAGUGAUUUGAAGGAGAGCAAGGACUUCAUUAAACCCAAACUGGUAACCGUUAUACGAAGUGGAGUGAAACCACGGAAAGCUGUGAGAAUUUUGCUGAAUAAAAAGACUGCUCAUUCCUUUGAUCAAGUGUUGACUGAUAUAACAGAAGCUAUUAAGUUAGAUUCAGGAAUAGUCAAGAGAAUUUGUACACUGGAUGGAAAGCAGGUUACCUGCUUGCAAGACUUUUUUGGUGAUGAUGAUGUUUUCAUUGCCUGUGGACCUGAUAAAUACCGUUAUGCUCAAGAUGAUUUUGUACUGGACCAUACUGAAUGUCGUGUUAUGAAAUCAUCUUAUUCCCGUCCACCUGGAAUGCCAAGAUUUUCUGGAUCAAAAAGUCCUGGACCUUCACGUCGAAGCAAGUCUCCUGCUUCAGUAAAGAGGAGUGGUCACUACUCCAGUGCUUACUCUUCAGCAAAAUCCCCAGUCAAUGGAAAUACGAGCAGCCAGAUUUCAACUCCUAAAUCAACAAAAUCUUCUAGCUCCUCUCCUACGAGCCCGGGAAGCUUUCGGGGCCUCAAGAUCCCUCAACAUUGUGGGUCUUCUCCCAAUGUGAAUGGUGUGCCUGAACUAUCUCCCUGCUUGAGUCCUGAAGGUUUGAAUGGAAACAAAUGUUCAGGGACAUCAACUAUUCUUGAGAAAUACAAAGUGGGGAAGGUGAUUGGAGAUGGCAAUUUUGCUGUGGUAAAGGAAUGCAUAGAACGAUCCACUGGAAAGGAGUUUGCCCUGAAAAUUAUAGACAAAGGGAAAUGCUGUGGAAAGGAGCACUUGAUUGAAAAUGAAGUCUCAAUAUUGCGUAGAGUGAAACAUCCCAAUAUUAUCAUGCUCAUAGAGGAAAUGGAUACUGCAACUGAGCUCUAUCUGGUGAUGGAACUGGUAAAGGGAGGAGAUCUUUUUGAUGCUAUUACUUCUUCAACAAAGUAUACAGAGCGUGAUGGAAGUGCCAUGGUUUACAAUCUAGCCAGUGCAUUGAAAUAUCUCCAUGGUCUUAGUAUUGUCCAUAGAGACAUUAAACCAGAGAACCUCCUGGUCUGUGAGUAUCCAGAUGGGACAAAGUCCUUGAAACUAGGAGACUUUGGUCUGGCCACUGUGGUUGAAGGCCCUCUCUAUACAGUCUGUGGUACACCAACUUAUGUGGCUCCUGAAAUCAUUGCAGAGACAGGCUAUGGCUUAAAAGUGGACAUUUGGGCUGCAGGGGUCAUUACGUAUAUACUGUUAUGUGGGUUUCCACCAUUUCGUAGUGAGAACAAUGUCCAAGAAGAUCUUUUUGAUCAGAUCCUGGUUGGAAAGCUGGAAUUUCCUUCUCCAUACUGGGAUAACAUCACUGACUCCGCUAAGGAGUUAAUUAGUCUGAUGUUACAAGUAAAUGUGGAAGCACGAUAUACUGCAGCUCAGAUUCUAAACCACCCCUGGGUGUCAGACGAUGCCUCCCAGGAAAAUAAUAUGCAAGCUGAAGUAACAGGUAAAUUAAAGCAGCACUUUAACAACACACUACCCAAACAGAAUAACCCAACUGCAGGGGUUUCUGUCAUCAUGAGCACAGCUCUAGAUAAAGAGAAGCAAAUCUUCUGCAACAAACGCUGUCAAGGCUCUGGCCGAGCCACUGUGAACCAAACCACCAGGACAAAUGCUGCAGCUCAUGAACCUCCCACAGAUGAUCUCAAAACAUUGUUUCCUGCUGCUUCUGAGCCACUCAAACUCUCUACGCACUUGGUCUCCGCAUGUCAUGACGAUAGCGCAGGGGUCCUUUAAGAAAAGUCCCACUGAAGAACACUGCUAGGUCAGAAAAAUUAUCUGCUACUGUUCUGUUGUAUUCACUACUGUAGUUUGUUCACAUUCUGUUUGAAAGGGAUGAAGUUGGUAUAUACAGUAGUUUUUAGUGGUCUGGACAUUACAUUUGGAAAAUUCUUACCUUUUAGAGAUUUUUAGUGUUGAAUAUAAUUAAAAUGACAUUGGGAUUGGAAUGAAAUCAUCUACACUAGUGGUGGUCAUAUCUUGAUAUACUGCACACUCUGCAUUGGAUGUAACAUUGAAAGAAGCUUUACCCAGCAAUCUCUGGUCUUUACAUGAUGUUCCAGAGGAGUAAACUGGGAAGUUCUGAUCAUUCCUUCAUUCAUCUUUAAAGUUCUGUUCUGGAAUUACUUACGCUGAAGAGGAAAGCCUGGUCUCAGUGGACAAUCUGUACAAUAUUGAAAGGCAAGUAGUAUGAGUGAGGUUACAUGUGUGAUAGUUUGAGGGGGAGGGACUUAAUAUUGAAACUUCUGAUUUGAUAUUAGUUUAGAUAAGAUGAACUUAAACAAAUGGAAUUGAAUACAAAAGUAACAUAAUCACAGGACAAUCAUUCUUCCACUCAUGGCUCUUUUGUUAUGAAGACUGUAGGCAUUAAAGCCAUUUCUGCACAUACUGUUUCCUGACUCUAGUCCCAGAAAUUAAUGGUUGCGAACAAUAGCAAAUUGUCUUGGGAGAAGAGCUUGCUGCAUGUUGGAUAUCCUAAGAUGGAAGAGAUUCUUUAGAGCAAGCUAAAUUAAAGCAUUGAACUGCUGAUCAACAAUGCAGAAUGCUUUUGCCAUCUUUUUUUUUUAAAAAGUAUCCCUUUUUAUAAGCAACAAAAAAUUGAAAUACUUGGGGAGAUGUUAUGCUAAAAUGUGCAAUCAAGGAUAGAUGGGAUUGUAUCUUACUUAAUGCUUGUUUCAAUAUUGUAUGUACUCUGCUCGUUUCCUUUUUUUCUCCUUUUUAACAAUUCUCAAUCAUUUUCUAUUAGCCUUUAUUUUACAUUAGAAUAUUAAGACCUGCAAUAAACAUUCUUCUUGAAAAGAGCAAA